AUGACUGAUUUAAUGCUGAUCAAAGGAAAUGAUAAUUGCUGGUCGGCGAAGGAGCGUAAGGAGACUCUUCAACGUGCAUUAGAAUUUUACAUGGAGAAAAGACGCAAAGUCAAACUCGAUAGCAACACCGUGGAUGAAGAAACUCCGUUAAAAAAGCGUAUAAUUGAGAAAGACGCCAUAACCAUUGACGAUAACGACGAUUCGUCAAGCUCGUCGGAAAUCGAGUCGUAG